CUCCUGUGAUAAUGAAGCAGCUCUGAGCGGCUGAGCUCUUCUGCUGCGUCCCGCCGCCUCUGACUCCCGGAGAAGAUGUUUUCCUCCGCGGGGAAGCGCUGCUUCACCAUCGAGUCUCUGGUCGCCAAAGAGAGUCCUCUGACCGCCGAGGAGCCCCUCCGGCCCGCGGCCCUCUCCUACCCCGGCCCGGCCCCGGACGCCCUCAUCAACUCCUACCAGGCUCCGCCGGCGCGCGCGCUCUACCAGAGCCCGGACCUGGUGUUCCCGGAGGCGAUCAACCACCCGUCCCUGACCGUGGCUCCGCACCAGCUCGGAGGCCCCCACAUGCAGCCCCCGCACUUUUUUGGGAGCCAGCACCGAGACCCGCUCAACUUCUACCCCUGGGUCCUGCGGAACCGCUUAUUCGGACACAGGUUUCAAGGGAGCGACCUGUCCCAGGACGGCUUGCUGCUCCACGGCCCCUUCGCCAGGAAGCCCAAGCGGAUCCGGACGGCCUUCUCGCCGUCGCAGCUGCUGCGCUUGGAGCGGGCCUUCGAGAAGAACCACUACGUGGUCGGAGCAGAGAGGAAGCAGCUGGCGGGAAGCCUGAGCUUGUCCGAGACGCAGGUGAAGGUGUGGUUCCAGAACAGGAGGACCAAGUACAAGCGGCAAAAGCUGGAGGAGGAGGGCCCCGACAACCAGCAGAAGAAGAAGGGGAGCCACCACAUCAACAGAUGGCGAAUCGCCACCAAGCAGGCCGGCUCCGAGGAGAUCGACGUGACCUCAGAGGACUGAAGGUCGCCGACCCCCGACCGAGGAGCCACUAUUUAUUCUGUAAAGUUAUUGCAUAGAGCUGUUAGACGAAGACUCACGGAUGCAAAGUGGGAGGACGUCUUCAUCCUCGUGAUGAGACCGGGACCUUUGGUCUCACAGAAACUCCUAAUGAAGGAGGAGCACGGACCUCCUCUGCAGGAGGAGCACGGACAUCUUUUGAAGGAGGAACAUGGACCUCCUCUGCAGGAGGAGCAGAGUCUUCUCCUAACAGUAGCAUGGACCUCCUCACAUGGAGGAACAUGCUGCUCCGUCAUACUGUUGGUUUGAUGAAUUGUUAACUGUAAUGAAGGUUGUUGUUUCUGUUUUAACUUUCUCUCAGAGGAGGCGUGGCUUGCCGUGAACAAAGGAUUUUGGGUUUUGUUGUGACUGAGAUCCUUUUGUUGCAUCUCGCGCUGAACAUCCUUCAGGGAGUGGGGGGGGGCACCUGAGAGCAGCCGUGCAUGACUCGGGAGGGGGGGACAGAUGAGAAGCUGCAGGCGCUGGGGUGUGGAGGGCAAGUCGAGUCACAUUUGGGCGGGUGUGUGUGUGUGUGAGCGGAGCGGCCGCCGCAGAAAUAAAAGCCAGAUGAUUUCAAACUGUGUUAUUGUGGACUUCCUGCAGGUUUUUUCCACUCAGAUGAAACGGAAGCUGCAGAUUGGUGUGAAACGCGCAGCUCCAGUGUUUGAUUGGUUCCAACACAAAGUGAAGUGCAGGUGGUGGAUAAAAUGUGUUCAAAAAUGCUCAACAGUCAGAACGACCGGAGGAGGCGGAGCUUCCCGGUGAAGGGCGUGGAGGCAGAGAAAAUGAGGGGAGAGUGAAGUACAGCAGUUCCAGAUCUGUACAAAGGUGCACAAUGGAUCAGACAUGCGGGGGGGCACAGGGGUCACCUCCAGACUUGUUUUGGGAUAUCCUAUACUCCCUGCAGGUGCAGAGAGGACCUCGGUCUGAGCGGCACCUCAAAUGUGUUUUGUACCCCACAGUCACAGUUCUGUCUGUGUACAAAGAGAAGGUGAGGUACGUCCUGGACGGACCAACAUUCUGCUGCAGGUUAUAGACAAAAAAUACAAAAUGUUGGAUGUAAUAUUUUAGAUUUCUUUAUAAUCAGAGUUUUAAUGAAAUGUUAAACCAUUAAAACCAGAAGAACAUAAAGUAUUCAUGAAGUACAGAAUCAUUUGUUAAUUAUGCAUUCUUAUUUUAGGACAGGAAUGGAGAAUAAAUUCACUUUUAAAUGAUCUGACUGAAAAAGUCCAUUGAUCCAGAUC